UAUCAUUUACUUCACAUAAUACUCACGCGAAGAAGCACUCAUCUCCUUUUUCAGGUUCCUGAAACUUCCGCUACUCCUUGUGAGAAAAUGGCGAACGAAGCACCGACGUCCGGUCCGGUGGAUCCUCUCCACGGCCUCGUCGGCCUCUCUCUAUUCCCCAAAACAAUUAGGGUUUGCACAGAUGUAUCAGUAGACCCUAAAAACCUCGAGUCAGUUCAUAAUUUCAUGAAAUCCUUGGAAACUAAGAGUUCUGCGAAGCUCUUUGAAGAGGCCAGGGCCAUUGUUGAUAAUGCUGCGGAACUUUUGAACACAAAAUGUAUGGGCGUUGAUGGGGAUCUUGCCAUGAAGGGCAAGGAGCAGCCCAAAGAGAGAAGACCAGGCCUUGGUCGCAGAAAGCCUCGGUUUUCUUUCAAGCCUAGUACAAGUCAACCUCCUCCUGUCAUAUUGGGUUCUACAUUAGAGUCUUUAGACAUGGAUCAACUGGAAGAUCCAGUGGAUUUUUUUGCAGCUGCUGAAAGGUGGGAAGAAGCUGAAAAGGAACUGAAGAGACUGAAAGGCAUCAGUAUCAAUGACGAUGUGAAUGAUCCACCCGCCAAUGCACGCCGUCGUCGACCAGGCAUCUUGAACAAAUCGGUGAGGUACAAGCACCGCUUCUCAUCCAUCCAGUCUGAGAAUGAUGAUGCAUUUAUAUCAUCUCAAAAGACAUUGGGGAGUGAUACUCGGGCUUGCCAGAAUUCUCAGUUGCCAGAAGAGCUUCCUGGCCUCAAUGUUGAACUACAAGAAGCAGAUUCUCCAGGGUCACUAGAGAAAACAGAAAUCAAUGGUAUUUUGAAUGAAUUAUUGUCUAGUAAUGGCGAAGAUCUAAUUGGGGAGAUGGCAUUAUCCAAUUUGCAGGAGCGGUUGGGGAUCAAGCCAAUUGAACUAGGCCCCUUAUGUAUUCCUGAGUUCCCUAUGACUGGGAAAGUAGAUGGUAAGGCUUUUGGAGAGAGGAUUCGGAAGCCUUGGAAGUUUUCACAGGACAUACGGGAUCUUGUUAAAAGUGCAACUGAGGGAACUGCUUCCACUCGCAGACAACAUGAAGAAAGUCCCACCAAUAAUUUAGCAUCACCCACUCCGCCAAAAAGUCCACAUGCUUCAUUGUCUUUGUUAAAACAGAAAAUUUUUCGGUCAAAUCCACUGAGAGAUCCUUUUUCGCCUCUAAACAUUGAUCUGUAUAACAAUGAUUCACAAUCAGACCAUCCACCAGGUUGGUCUAUGAAGAUGAACCCGCAAUGUAUAAGUAAUAAUGCUGGACCUACUGAAUCCCAUGGCGAGACAGAAAACAUUGCUGGUUCUGACGAUACGAAUAUUAUGGUUCCUUUAAGUGGUUCAGACUUUUCACAUGAGCAGUUGAUGGAAAACGAUUCAGGCAAAGAUAAUGUAAAAACUGGGUCAAAUGGAUCUCAAUCUGGAGAGGAGCUAGAAAAUGGUUAUGAUAUUGAGAUCAAUACUGACAUCAACUUGAAUAUGAGAAAUAUGGAUUCCCACUACGAGUCUGAUGCGCUUGAUAAAGUGAAAGAUGUUUCAGUUGUAAAUGAUGUUUCGAAGGAUCAGCAAGGGCUUGAGACUGAAUCUUACUUUAGCUGUCAAAAGAUGCAGGACGGAGAAGUGCUUGCAGAAACACUAUCUUCUCCUCAAGCACAAGGAGAAGCUGAUGAUACACACAAUUGUUCCGUUGAAACAGUUGCUGCGGAUUUUGGAUCAUUUGAAAUUGAUGGGCAGGUUGACGAUAUGCCACCACAAAGAGCAAAUUCUGCAGAACAAGAUCACCACUUUGAGGAUUCUGUCAAAGAUGUAACUAGUGAUCAAUUGAGCUCAGUUGCAGUUGAAGUCCAUUCUACAGAAGUCAGAUCUAAAUUGCCAGAUAUGAGCCCUCAGCAUCAUGCCAAGGCAAAAGAUAAACAACCGAAAGCAAAACGACCUGCUGGCGGAAGGCGUGAAAGUAAAGCUCUUCGUUCUAGGCCAAGUCUAGCAGAUGCUGGCACGUCAUUUCAAGAUGGGGUUAGACGAAGCAAACGAAUGAAGACAAGGCCUUUGGAAUAUUGGAAAGGCGAAAGGUUAUUAUAUGGAUGGAUUAAUGAUAGUCUGAAGCUAGUUGGGGUGAAAUACCUAUCUCCAGGAAAGGGAUCUGUAAAAGUGGAGUCUUACAUCUCUGAUGAUUACAAAGAUCUGGUUGAAUCAGCAGCUCGCUAUUAAUUUUCUAAAAACAUUGGUGGAUGGAUUACCUUUGUGGAUCUUGUCCUAUUUUUCAUCUACUUAUACACAUGUAGCCAUUGUAUAUAACGUACCUAGGGUCGAUCUUAAAACAGCUGAAGCUUGAAUUAUUACUAUCUCUUAUAUGUUGGGCGGUACUCUAUUUUCUAUUGAGCUUAUGGGGCAAAAUUGCUGCCAUCUUUCAGUGUCCAAGAGUAGAUGACUCCAUAUUUCUUUGACACCUACCGUGGCUUGUUAAUGUUAAUUGAAGAAACUA